AUGCCUACUAUUACUAUUUUGGACAAUGGAUUAAUUCUGUUUCAAUUCCAUCGUGAUGAGUCUCAGGAUUGGGCGCUGGAGAACGACCCUUGGCAUCUAGGAGGCAAACCUAUUUUGCUGCGUAAAUGGUUUCCAGGUAUUGUCUCCAAAACUUUUGUUUUUGAGUCUCUUCCAAUCUGGAUUCAUUUAGCUCGUAUUCCUUUAGAGUUGUGGACUAAUAAAGGAUUGGCAGUGGUUGUGAGUGCUAUGGGUAGACCCAUUCAUUUGGAUGAGGCUACGAGGGAUAGGAAGAGGUGUUCGUAUGCCCGUGUUUGUGUGAAGGUAGAUGGAGAUGCUUUGUUGCCUUUGUUGGUUACUAUCAGGAUGAGAGGUCAAGAUUUUGUGGUACAUGUGUCAUAUGAGUGGAAGUCGCGUAAGUGCUUGGGUUGUGGCUCAUUUAGGCAUAGUGAGGGAGGUUGUGGGUCAGUGAAACAUGAUUCUUUUCCCUCAUAA